AGUUCGUAGCGAGCAAGUAAAAGAAUUACGAUCAAGCUUUAAGUGAUUCUGCUGAUUCAUAAUUUAACGCAUAGAAAGUGUUUUGUUUGUCCCAAACUUAGUAAUACAAAGUGCCGAUAUUUGAUUUUCUCAUUGUUCGUCGUGGAUUAAUGCAAGUAUCCGCCUUGUGGCUACACGGCUUACGCCACUUGAUAGGUCGAGCUCUAGACGCUGCUCGCGCUGCUAACAAUGGCGUCGGCUUUCGAAGACGACAUCCUAAUGUUGCGUGGAAAUUUCUGCCUAGAGCUUGGCGCGGUCAACUCACGGAACGCAUAAACACGCCGAGUACUCUAGGCUCUUGAUAGGUGUCUCCAGUUACGAUGCAUUCUUGAUUUGUCGUCGGCGGGCUAAGGUUGUUUCCACGGGCCAGGGCGCAGCACGCAUGAAAUGGCUACCGUGAACUGCAAUGUCCAGCGCAGUUCGGUUUCAGUCAGACGCCUGGGAGAUGGUCGUCUCGAGGAAAUUAGUCGAAACGGACACAAGAUCUUUCAGUUCAAGCAAACUGUAUGUCAUGCGUGCAACGGGUUCUACGGUCCUUCGUUCGGCCAUCCACUCUGCUGCACGUGCCAUGCGUUCCUCUAUCCAGACAUCCUUUGUGAGCAGGAGGGGGACCAGAGCUGGAAGAGCGACUCUGAAGACUCAGGGAAUGACGAGCCAAACGACUUCUACGAGAUGGUGCAGAAGAAUGUCGAGAAGCCGCGGACGCUGCUUCCGGGACCCAAGGCAGACCGGCUGGCGGAGUGCAUCUCGGCCCUGAGCAAUGCCAGGGACCAGGAGCCCACGCCUGACGGGGUUCUGGCACGUCUUCCCCUUGAAGUCCUGUCUCUCAUCUUCUGCCGGUUGGACGACCUGUCACUGUGGCACAGCAGUCAAGUGUGCCGACGCUGGAAUCAAAUUCUGGAAUCUGAGCUGAACGAAGAAGACUGGGCUUUGUUUAUCAAGCGCCGCUGGCCCCUUUUCAAGGCACAUCACAGGGUGCAGUGCUGGAAGACCCUCUACAGUCGCAUGGUGGACAGUGCCCCGUGCAAGCGGUGCCUCCACGAAAUGUGGGAGCAGCGGCCCAGGGGCGUCUCGGCUGCACCCGAGGAGGCAGGCGGGGACGGAUCAUGGCGGGCAGUGCGCCUCCAACACGAGUUGAAGCUUCUGCGGACAGACCCGCCAGAUGGCAUCGGGGCUGUUCCCCUGGACCCCCUGUGCUGCCACUGGCAGGCGGCCAUCACGGGGCCCCAGGACAGCCCCUACGAGGGUGGCCAGUUCCUGCUGUUUGUCCAGAUACCCAGCAAGUACCCCAUGAAACCCCCCAUAGUGAAGUUUAUCACCAAGAUCUUCCACCCCAACGUUAGUCGCCACGGGGACAUUGGAAUCGACUCGAUACAGCACAACUGGAGCCUGGCGCUCACAAUCUCCAAGGUGCUGAUCAGUAUCCAGUCACUAUUAACUGACCCCUACUGUCACGUGUGCAUGGAGCCCGAGGUGGGCCGGCUUUACCAAGAGGAUCGGCCCGGCUUUGAGCGGACGGCACGGCUUUGGACGAUACGCUAUGCCAUGAAUGGCGGCUCACUUGAUCCAGGAGAGCUGCUGGGACACUGGAGGGCCCUCGAAAGUGGCUAGGCUGCGUGACCGGUGUACCUGGAGCCGUACCAUCAUUGAGAAGACAGUGGUGAGAGGAUUUGCGAGGAGUUUGCUUCGGCACCCAGCACCACUGGCGAGCCACCCAGUGGCUUUGGAGAAGACUGCUGCACCUGGAUGGACCCGGCACCGCUCAGCUGCUCGAAGCAGGGGACGCUGCCUGAUCGACCUAGUCACGACAUCCAGCGCCAUUCAUGACUGUGCAGCUCACUCCUCCGGGUUUGUUUUUUUCUUUCAGAGAGCGGGGUUUGUUCAUGCCGUGCCUGUUGGCGACGGCCUUUCAAUAAGAGUUUUUUUUUUACCGACGGGCAUUGUGGUUUGGAGUCGCUCUUACGUUUUUCCUCUGUGGAUGUCUGUAGCAACAAGUGCUUGCACUUGGUUGGCAAGCUACACGUGAAGCUUUGAGGCUGGCAGAGUGCUUGGAGAAACGUACAGACUCUUUACAAAGAAGUCUGGCUGGAAAUGAAUCAUUGUAAUACGGUUAAACCACCUAGUUGAGUUGUACAGUGCCUGUACGUAGGACUAAGAUGAUAAAUAAACUGCAUCAUGUUAAUGGAAUAUUUUUUUUGUCGUAGUAAAUGUAAGGCACCUUUGUUCAAUAAGUUGCAAACAACUUCAUUCGGCUGAAAUCUCGUAAUAACCGAUAUAUCGAAAAGAAAAAAAAAAGACCAUCUGAUGGACAAAUUGAUUUGUCUUGCAAUCUUCCUUGUUAUGCAAGAAACAUUCGUGCAGAAGAGCUUUUUAAAUCCUGAGAGUAUGAUUAUGUGCUCCGUUCUGCCCAUUGAGGGUGAAGAUUUUGAAAUAUCCAUUUGUACAAAUCUGUAUGCAGCCCCUACUAAAGGACGCCUCCACAAGUGUCAACAUUCCCGACUGUAGGCAUGUCGUGGGGACUGUCAUGUGCAUGGCCCAACUGAAUAAUCUCGAGAUAGCUUAGUCCAGGAACCCUUUUUGUUGCUUGCACCUAUGGUUUGAGCACUGGAGGUGAAAGUUGCAAGCACAGCCUGAAUUGGGGUGUCUGGAAUCAGGGAUGAAAAUUUUAUGGCUGGCUGUAUUCGAUGUGGUUUUGGCUAAGACAACACCACAGAUAAAAAAUAAAAAAAAUGUGUUCCUGUUCUGUCAAACCCAUCCCACAAAAAAAAAAAAAAUCCCAGCGUUACUGUUGUAGCUGUCAAAUUCCUUUUAGUCAUGCUGUGUGGAGUGUCGAAGUUUGUCUGCAUUUGUCACAUGAAUCAGUUUGCUGACAGAGAAACAGUUUUGUUUGUGCAUGAAGGGAAGAGCUGAAACCAAAAUAUAAUUUGUUUCAGCCAAGGCUGAAUAUUCAUGUGCAAAGGGAAGGUACAGCAUGGCACACUGCAUUGCCACAUUUAAGGUGUUUGAAUAAUGGUUGGUUACAGUUGAAAGCAUUUCUUAGCAAGUAAGCAUUUUUCUAGAGCUUUGAAUGAGGGAAGAAUAAAUAGAGUUGAACGAAAAUGGGUGCAGGCGAGCUGGUGGAUGUUGAUCAUGUUUAAAAUUACCCAAGACUGUGGUAAAGAAUGGGAAACUUGGUAGAAGAAAAAGGACACGGGAAAACGAAUGUCUCGGGUAAUUUUCAACAUGAAAUAGAGUUGAUUUGAUUGAAGAAAAUGUAUAUAUAUGUACAUAUAUAGUAUAUAUAUUAUGAGUGAAUGCAAUGGUGCAACGUUACUGUUGUGACAAUAUUUGAACCUUGCUACUUUGCAUCUGCUGAAUGCAUUGUACACAUCCUGAAAGUAGCAUUUUGACAGUGCUGUACAUAAUGCAUUAAUGUUUCAGGGGCAUGUCCUCUGGUGUAUCAUAGCUGCCUUUUGUAAAUACAGUAUGUUAACCUUAUACCUUUGUUUUUGGCAUUUUAAUAAAGAAAAACUGCUCAUUUUA